AUGAAAUACAGCCAGCCGCGGGGGGAGGGACGACGCCCGCCUCAGCACAGUAUGGAGCCUGUUCUAUGCGCGAGAAACGCACACGCGAGCGAGCGAGAUGGAAGAUGGAAUCGAGAGGCACGAGGGAAAGAGACGGAACUACGCCCGCCUAGCCCUAUUCCUAAUCAACGUACGAGCUUUCAUGCGACGAAUAAAGAAGAGAACACGGUCGAUAGAAUAGCACAAGCGCUAGAAAAGAUCGUGAAUAAACGUCCGGUGCCCCGCCAAGCCCACGAGCUGCCUACGUUCAGCGGCGCCGCGACGGAAUGGCUACCCUUCAAGGCGGCCAUGCGGGAUUCUACGACGAUGUACAAGUAUUCCGACUACGAGAACCUCGCACGGCUACGGAACUGUCUACGAGGGAAAGCACAGGAGACAGUCGCCGCGCUGCUAUACUCGGCGACUAGCCCCGACGAGAUUAUGCGAACACUGGAGCAAUGUUUUGGAAGACCAGAGAUGUUGAUCGAACGAGCGAUGGAAGAUAUAAAGAAGUUACCUAAGUCCGGUACGUCCGCGGGCGAAUUGAACACCCUCGCGGUCAAGUUAAAGAACAUCGUAUGCGUAUUAGGUGGCGUCGAUGAAAGAGGAUAUCUCCGAAACCCCAUGCUCACACGAGAGGUCAUCGAGAAGCUAAGCCCACAUCUCAAGUCUAGGUGGUAUGACUUUGCCUACGAACACGGAGACCCCUCGGAAGCCGAGAUAGCAACGCUGUCAAGAUUUUUGGAACGUGAGGCCGACCGUGCGAUGCGAUUUUCAUACGCCACAUCGCCCCAGUCGCUGAAGGAGACUUUCAACAAUCAAGAAAAGAAGUCGUUUUCACGUGAAAGGCCACGUAAAGACGUGAAAGUCUACGCAACCACUGAAACACCCACCGCACCGACCGUCGAGAGAGAAAAGGAAGCCGUCACAAAACGAUGUCUAUGCUGCGGCGGCAACCACGACGUACCCGAUUGUAAGAAAUACAAGAGGAUGACGGUCAACGAACGAUGGCAGUGGGUGAAAGAAGAGAAAAUAUGCUUCAAGUGCAUCAACGGAAAGCACAGGAGAUUCACAUGUAAAGCAAAGAGGUGCGGAAUAGAAAACUGUCUCUUACCUCACCACAGUACGUUGCAUAUGGACACGUCGCCCGCCGCAGCUACUCAACCGAAGUCACCGCCAGUAAACGAGGAAAAUGUCUUGUCCGCGUCGGCCACUACAAGCGGCCCGGUCAAGGUGUUAUUGAAGGUGUGCCCGGUGGAGAUACGCGUACCGGGAGGACCGUCAUUGAAGAGGUACGCGCUACUAGACGAAGGCGCUACCAUCACGCUCAUGGACGAAGGCCUAGCGAACGACCUCGGCGCCAGAGGACAUGUGAGCCCGCUACACAUACACGGGGCCACAGCGAGUCUAAAGGAGACGCAAAGUCGUGUCGUCAAGAUCGAAGUACGAGGCCAACAUGAAGAGCAGUUUCACGACAUCACCGCCCACACGAUGAAACAACUUACGAUCGGAAGCCAGACGGUGAAAAGGAAGUUCAUCGAAUACGAACACUUGAAGCACCUACCACUCGACGACAUGAGUUACGAAUCGGCGCGCCCGAGCCUACUGAUCGGCGCCGACAACUGGCAUCUGAUUAUCUCGAAGGAAAUCCUCAUCGGCAAACGCUACGAGCCCAUCGCAUCACGCACCGAGCUGGGAUGGACGAUACAUGGCACGGUGCCGCGGAGCUUGUACCGAGGGGAGGAUCAGCUAGUCCUCCACGUACACGCCAAGACGGAAAAAGACGUGAGGAACUUCGCUAAUGAAGAUGAGGAAUUAAACGCGCUCAUCAAAAUACACUACGACGUCGACGCCCUAGGAAUUGCCUUGAUAACGAAGCCGAGGAAGGCCGAAGAGAGAGCGAUCGACAUCUUCAAUAAAACCAUCGAACGAGUCAACGGAAGAUAUCAAGUGGGCCUGCCAUGGAGAGACGAGCAAGUAGUCAUGCCGCCCAGCUAUGAAAUGGCUUUCAGGAGACUGCGGACUAUCGAGAGGAAGAUGGAUCAGUCCCCCGAAUUCCAGGCAGCCUACACAAGCCAGAUAGAGAACCUACUCACGAAGGGAUACGCCGCAGUAGCUAACGGAGACGAGAGAGACAACGACAAGUCAUGGUACCUACCUCACUUCGCCGUGACGAACCCUAACAAGCCAGGGAAGGUACGCCUAGUCUUCGACGCAGCCGCCAAGUCGAGAGGAGAGAGCCUGAACGAUCACCUCCUGGAUGGACCCGACUUACUGCGAGCCUUACCGGGAAUUCUCUAUCGCUUCCGGGAGAAAGAGGUCGCCGUCACCGCCGACAUACGUGAGAUGUUUUUACAAGUAAAGAUUCGCCCUGAAGAUCGACCGGCUCAAAUGUUCCUGUGGAGAGGUAACGAACGAAAGAAGCCACCCACGGAAUACGUCAUGUCAUCGAUGAUAUUCGGCGCUCGGAGCUCACCAUUCCUAGCGCACAGUGUGCGCAACCACAACGCACGCGCGCACGCUGAGACACACCCCGUGGCCCUCCGAGCGAUAACAGAGAGCCACUACAUGGACGACUUCGUGGAGAGCUACGCGACCAAGGAGGAAGCAAGACGAGCAGUACACGAAGUAACCUACGUACACGAGCAAGCCGGGUUCAUACUAGCCGGCUGGAACUCGAGUAAUGAAGACGUAAUACGAGACAUACCCCCGGACCGCCGCGCGCAGCUACCUAAGGAAAUGGGAACCGCUGGUCAUCAAGGCAAGACUCUAGGUCUAAUAUGGGAGGCCACUAAAGAUGAACUAAUGUUCAACACCGCGCUGCCUAGGGUACCGGAGGAAGUCAAGACGUCAGCACGCCCGCCGACUAAGCGCGAAGCCCUCAGCGCUGUCAUGUCGAUCUUCGACCCACUUGGACUGCUAAGCCAUCUCACCAUAACGGCUAAAAUCCUACUGCAAGACUUAUGGAGACAACAGAGGAUAGGAUGGGAUGACCAAGUGCCGGAAGAAGCCGCCGAGGACUUCACUAAAUGGAUACGAGCGGUCGACAGCGUGCGAGAAGUUAAACUGCCCCGUUGCUAUGCGCCAACGAGGGGAGUACUGGAACGUCAGCUACACGUAUUUAACGACGCGAGCGACAGAGCGUACGCCACGGUAGCGUACUGGCGAAUCAAGUACGAAAACGGAGAGGUCAUCAUCACGUUCGCCGGCGCAAAGGCUAAGGUAGCACCGGUGAAGGCACAGAGCAUACCGCGACUGGAACUGCAAGCCAGCCUCAUAGGCGCACGACUCGCCCACAGUAUACAAGAAGAACAUAGACAGAAGGCUGACAGGAUCUUGCUCUGGUCAGACUCGAAGACCGCUCUCCACUGGAUUCGCAACGACAUCAUCAAGUACACACCGUACUUAGCUCACCGCGUAGGCGAGAUCGCUAACCUCACGCACGUCGAACAAUGGAGAUGGAUACCGAGCGAGUUAAAUGUAGCCGACGACGCCACACGACCUAACUACGAGGUACGAGCCGAUCAAAGAUGGUUCAUUGGCCCGGCGUUCCUCCGGGAAGAAGAAGAAAGGUGGCCAUCGGAACGCACCGAAGAGGAAAAUGACAACGGACAAGACGAGAUAGUCUGCGCCACGGACAACAGCGAGGGGCCGGCCUACCUACCUGACAUAAGUCGGUUCUCCUCUUACGAGAGACUCGUCCGUGCGACAGCCUACGUCUUACUAGCCGUCGAUAAAAUGAAGAAACGAACGCGAACUAGAAACUCGCCCAUAUCACAAAGGCAGAAGAGCUAUGGUAUAAGAAAAUGCAAGAGGACUCGUACUCCGACGAAAUAG